AUGGAAGGGGAGACCCCCCAGAGCUCGGAGUCCGAGGUGUCGGAGUUGAAGAGACUGAGGGCAGAAGACGGCAAGGACAACGAGAAGAUCGCGGGCAUCUUCGCCUCCCGAGAGCAGAAAUGGAUUGCGGAGAAGCAGCAGCUCAACCUCGAAAUCGAAGCCAUCGUCUCCCGGCUCCGCCUGGUCGAGGCCCAGAAGGAGGAGGCCGUUUCCGAUUACAAGAUCAAGAUCGAGGAGAGGGAUCGCGCGAUAGAGGAGGAGACGAAGAAGUGGGUGGAGAUGGAGCAGAGGCUCCGGGCUGCAGAGCAUUCCGGAGAGAAAGCGGCGCGGGACCAUGCGGCCGAGCUGUGGAGGCACAAGAAAGCAUUCGCGGAGCUCGUUUCCAGCCACCGCCAGUUGGAAGCUGAGAUGGGACGCGCGCUGCGGCAGGUCGAGGCGGCUAGGCAGGAGCUCGAGGAGGUGUUUCAGCAGAGGGAAGAAGCCAUCGCGAUGGUUGAGCAGCUGUCGGCGGACAUUAUUAUGAUGCGCACGGAUGCAGAGAAGAAGGACAGGGUUCUGUCGGCGAUGCUGCGCAAGUCCGAGUUCGACGCGGCCGAGAAGCUCUCACUGAAAAGGGAACUGGAUAUGUGCAAGGCGAGGGAGAAGGAGGUGGAGCUCGAAGACCGAAAAGGUCCGGCGGGGAUUCACAACCACAGAAUAUUUUUUCUUGAUUACUUCCAAGAUAGCGAAUUCGUUCCUCCGGAAACAGGCAGCAUCAAUGUGGCCACAGACGGCGGCGAACCACUCGCACCUCCCCUCGGUAGGGACAGCCAAGAACUAGGUAACUCCAACCCACCCCCUGAUUCUCUCUUCUUUCUCUCGUCUUUAAGAUUCUGACUUGUGCAGAAGAAUUCCGUUUGAUGCAGAUGCAGAAAACGUAGGACAACUUCGAGGUUGGGUCCGUUCGGAGAUGGAGGGGUGUGCGAGCGUCCUCCGGCAGAGGCACUACGCCGACAUCGAAGCGUUCGCGGAGCAGAUAAGGCGGAAAGAUGAGAAACUGGAAGCUUACCGGUGGCGAGUACUCACCGCGGAGCUCCAGUCUGAGAGGCUCCAGUCCCAAGUUGAAGGACUGGAGGGUAAGCUCUCCAGCCUGCGGGAAGAGAGCGCCAAGCUGGAGGACCUGCUGCUGGACAGGGAGGAGGAGCUCAGAUCACUCAAGAAGCAAAUCAGUCUCCAAUUGCAGUAUUGUCGGAAGAGCGACUCGAAUCGUUCGCCCGCCGCUUCGCCCACCGAUUCUCGCUCUCUCUGGUCAGAAGUGUACAGAAAAGGGCAAGAAGAACCAGAAGAAACCGGGGCAGGUGGGAGCACCCCUGUCCUAAAGGACCAAAGCAGGGCCAUCAAUGGCGUGAAACAGAUAGAGAUGGAGCCGCAACAAGAAGAGAAACAAAAACGCGGAGGGAGAGCGGAAGACGCUGCCCGGACAGGAAGUUCCACUCCACCACCAUUCUCACAUCACUAUGUCGCACCUGAUCGCCAAAGGUGGAAAUUCCCCUCAGGUUCUGAGAUUUUCGAUAAGAUACAGGGUUCUGGGCUCACGGCCCUCGGCAAGGAUACUUCACGGAAGGUGGACCUCCACGCCCUCGGCAUCUCCUACAAGAUCAAGAGGCUGAAGCAGCAGCUUCUUGCGUUCGAGCAGAUGGCUGGGGUUCAAGCUCCGCUUCAAGUGACCUGCAGAGAUGUAGACCGUACGCCGGACGAGAAGGAACAGCAGCAGAUGGGCUUCCUUCAAGUGCUGCCUCUGCUUAACAAGCAGGCAAGAAAGUACCGAUCCCUCGAGGAGAAAGCCGACGGCCUUUGUCUGAGGAUGGUAAGGAUCCGGCUCAGAACAUAUUUUCUUACUUCUCGAUGAUCCGGAAAACGCUAACUUCAAAUUCUAAGCAGGAGAGCGAAGCCGACGGAAGAAGCCGAGGGCCAAGCCUGGAAAGCUUCCUCGAGGAGGCGUUUCAGCUCCAGAGGCAUAUCGUGGCGGCGGGGCAGAGAUUGCUGGAGGUGCAGUCCCAGCUCGCCGGCUGCGUGGUCGACGCGGACGACGAGCGUUUCCAGGACUUCAAGGCAGGGCAGUUUGCCGACGUUAUGAAGACUCUCCUGAGGGACAUUCAGAGGGGACUGGAAGUGCGGGUGGCUCGCAUCAUCGGAAACCUCGAGGGAACGUUAACUCGUGACGGGAUUCUGCACAUCAGCCGUCGCGAGGACGGCUCACAGGAGCUCGGUGCAAAAAACGGAGCUUGA